CACUGCUAAUAUCUCUUUAAGUAUGCCCAAUUGUUGUGCAGAAUUCAAAACCCUAAUGGAGUCCGAAGCCUACCAUCAACAGCCACAACGGAGCAAACCAAAACGACGCAAACAAAGUAACCAGAAUUCAAGUUAUAAAAUUCCUACUUUGCCAGUAGAACUCAUCAUUGAAAUCCUCUCGAGAUUACCAGUGAAAUCCCUUUUAAAAUUCAGGUGUGUUUCAAGGCCAUGGCGUUGUUUAAUCUCUAGCCGUAAAUUUAUCAAGGCUCAUCUCAACGCAUUUACUAAUAACAAGGAUUCCACCCACCAUAGUCGACUGCUAUUGAGAUUUGUUCAACCUCAUCACCAUCUUAUGGACUGCUCCAUUAGGUCUUUGCUUUAUGAUUCUGAUCCUAAGAUAUUUCAAUUGUCUUAUCCUAUGCAAAAUCCCCGUAAAUCUUUUAAGAUUUUGGGUUCUGUUAAUGGAUUGAUUUGUUUCUCUAGUGAGAGUGACUUAUUUCUCUGGAAUCCAUCAAUUAGGAAGUUCAAGAAAUUUCGUGAUCCUCAAUCUGGUUAUUACUUCCAUGGUUUUGGAUAUGAUCAGCUUCGUGAUGAUUAUAAGCUAGUGAUUAUUUCCCCUAAAGAGGUCAGAAUAUAUAGUUCAAAUAGUGAUUCAUGGAGAAUUAUAGUACAUGAUCGUCAGUAUGGUCUAUUUAGAGAGGAUGAGGGUAUCUUUGUGAAUGGAAAGCUUCAUUGGGCUAAUUCUCCUUCACAGGAUGAACAUUGGGACAUCAUUUGUAUUGAUGUGACCGAUGAAAAAUGGGGAAAGGUGGAAAAACCCUUUUAUGGAGAAGGAGAUUUUGAUUUAACGCUAUCUAUGGGAGUGUUGGGAAAUGAUCUUUCUAUUUUGUGUAAUAAUCAGAGCCUUCAAACACAUGUGUGGAUUAUGAAGGAAUAUGGAAUUAAAGAAUCUUGGACAAAGAUGUAUACUAUUAAUCGCUCUUACAAUUCUAGAUAUUUUUCUCCACUCUUUUGCAAGAUGUCAAAUAAAGGAGAAAUCUUGAUUCAACUUAAUCAAUCAACUUUCAUGAUUUAUGAUCCAAAAAAUGAUUCUAUCAUAUGUCAAAAGGUUACUAUUACUGAUUAUCCUUUUUGGGAGGCAGGCAUCUACAUGAAUGAAAGCCUAGUUUGGCCCAUUAGCCAGAAGGGAAUGAUGCAACGCGGGGUAAAAUUACGAAGUCUAAAAAAGCUAACAAGGGUGGAACAACGGCUGCAACAACCACGUAGGUGGGAAAUCCCAAAUGAGGCCAAUCAUGCAUUCAAUAUAUAACUAGUAAUAUGAGUUUGCAACACAUUUUUAUCAAUCAUUGCUAAAUUCUCUUUCUUCAGUUUCGAUGGUUUAGUUUUGUUAUGUUACUAUUGCUUUCAUAUUUUCGUAAUUG